AUGGACUUUGCAGAGCAAGCCAUGAAUCUGUUCGGAGAUUCGGACGAGGAUGAUGAAACCAUCAACAACAACAACUCUAACGACGAGGAACCAGACGGGGAGCCACGCCAGCAGCGGAGCUCGUCCUCCUCCUCGUCUUCCUCGUCUUCCUCAUCCUCCGCCGCCUCCUCCUCCUCCGAUUCAUCCUCCGCGUCCUCCUCCUCCAAUCGCAGCGGCAGCAGCCGCAGCCGCGAAGGAGAUGACGACGAUGACGACAAUCGUGGUGAAGUGAGGUCAUCUGCCGGCAUUAAUCACACUUAUGGCUACAAUGAAGACGGUAACAGUCACUAUUACGAGAACGAGGAGGAGGUGGAGGACGACAAAGAUCUGUUUGGCUCCGAUAAUGAGGAUUACGUCAAAACGCCGGCCAAUAGUCCCCAUCCUGUACCAGUCUUGCCUCCUGUACGGAAUAUGAACAAUCACACAAGAGGAGGUUUUGGGCGUGGUCGUUGGCAAAAUGAUAGAGGAGGGGCUGGUCUCCUUCCACGCCCUGGGCCUUAUCCACAAAGGCAGAACUAUGGUUAUGGUCAGAAGUUUUUCAAUGCUCCUCGUGAUGAGCGUUUUGUUUCUGAGUUGAAAUUCUCAAAAAGUGAAGAAACGCUAGCAAGAAAAGCCAUUGCUUUUCAAGAGCCGUGUGAACUUGCUUGCUUCAGUCGUGUAGAAGGUGGAGAUGUCUACUUUGACGACCGGAGUUUGAGGCUGUUUAAGAGGCUUAUAACUGAAGAUAUUGGUGCCGACCUGAAUGAGGGUUUUGAUACUUUCAUCGCGAAGAAAGAUCUGGGUUCUCAAGGAUUUGGUGACCUCCUUGCUACAAUAAGAAACAAAAAUAUUCCUCUUCAAAACAUGCACUUUGUGGUAAGACAACCAAUGUGUCCAGCUUAUAUUUAUAAAAAAUUUUUAGAAAGGAUUCUGGCCACUGCUUAUAUCAGGAACGAGCCCUGGGAAAUGGGGGUGCAUAAAAGGAAUGGAGUAGUUUAUCUAGAUGUGCAUAAAUUGCCUGAGAGGCCCCAGACUGAACUAGAUCGUCGAAGGUGUUAUUGGGGUUACUGUUUCGAGACUCUUGCUACAGAAGAUCCAAGAAGGGCUGACGGGGAAGGAAUACAUCAUGUUGAUGCCAAUGUUGAAUACUGCUCUGUGAUUAAGACGAAAUUAGGAGCUCACCGUAUUCUCAUGGGUGCUGAAAUGGACUGCUGUGAUUCAACUGAUGAGGGUAGGAGAUUCUAUGUGGAACUAAAGACAAGUCGUGAGUUAGAUUAUCACACUGAAGAAAGAUACGAGAGGGAGAAAUUGCUUAAGUUCUGGAUACAAUCAUUCCUUGCCGGUGUACCUUAUAUUGUUAUUGGGUACAGGGAUGAUGGCGGCCGACUUGUGCGUACAGAAAGACUUAGAACUAAAGAUAUAACACACAGAGUGAAGAUGAAAAAUUACUGGCAGGGAGGAGUGUGCUUAGCAUUUGCUGAUGAGGUCUUGUGCUGGCUUUAUGGGACUGUUAAAGAGAAGCAUAGUAAUAAUUGGGCAUUGUUCAAGAGGAUCGUGCCUGGUACGAACAACGAGUUGAUCUUGAACGCUGUAGCCCGAAUAGCCUAUUAA